AUGCUCCUGGAAGACUCUGACUCUGAGAAUGAGUUGGAACUACUUUCUGCAAUUGUUCUGGCACGUAGAUAUUUCAAAAGAAAGGGAGGAUCUAGUUCACGUCGUGGUGGUUCUGUUCCAGGACGUAUGUUCAUCGAUCGUGAUUCUUUGCAAGGCCACCAAAGGCUUUUUUUGGAUUAUUUUGCUGAUUCACCAGUAUAUCCUCCAAAAAUAUUUCGCAGGAGGUUUCGGAUGCAUCGUCAUCUUUUUUGUCGUAUUUUGUCUAAGGUAGAAGAGUACGAUCCGUACUUUGUCCAAAGAAGAAAUUGUGCUGGAACAAUCGGUUUGUCUUCCCUUCAAAAAGUGACUGCCGCAUUUAGGAUGCUCGCUUAUGGAGUACCAGCUGACUACGUUGAUGAGUAUGUGCGAAUUGGAGAAACCACUGCAAUAGAAUCUCUACAAAGGUUUGUUAGUGCGGUGGUUAAUAUUUUUUCUAAUGAAUAUUUAAGGUCUCCAAACAGCAAUGACGUUGCUAGAUUGUUAGAAGUUGGCGAAACUCGUGGUUUUCCAGGGAUGUUGGGUAGCAUCGAUUGCAUGCACUGGACAUGGAGGAAUUGUCCAGUUGCGUGGAAAGGUAUGUUUACUGGCCAUUGUCAUGAACCAACAAUGAUUUUGGAAGCAGUGGCUUCACAAGAUCUAUGGGUAUGGCAUGCAUUUUUUGGGUUACCGGGUUCUCACAAUGACAUCAAUGUUCUAGAACGGUCUUCUGUGUUUUCUCAUAUCACUGAAGGGCGUGCUCCUCCAGCCAAUUACACAAUCAAUGGUCAUAACUACACAAUGGGAUACUAUCUUGGUGAUGGUAUAUAUCCACAGUGGUCAACUAUUGUAAAGACAAUUUCAUGCCCACAAGGAAAAAAGGCAAAACUAUUUGCUGCAGCCCAAGAGUCAGCAAGAAAGGACGUGGAACGUGCGUUUGGAGUGCUUCAAGCACGAUUCGCAAUCGUUCGUGGACCUGCACGUGGUUGGAGCCGUGAAACGCUCACUUACAUUAUGAAAGCGUGCAUAAUAAUGCAUAACAUGAUCGUUGAAGACGAACGAAAUACUGAAGAUGCUAGUGACAUUGAUUAUGAACAAAUCGAUGAAACUCCUUAUGUACAAAUUUCUCACGAGCAUACCCCUGGAUUUUUGGAGUUCAUUGAAAGACAUGUGAACAUUAGAGAUCGUCAAACUCAUUCUCAACUACAAUCCGACCUUAUCGAGCACCUAUGGCAAUUGCAUGUACCAAAAACAAGAAGAAAUCCUGUCCUCUUCUUCCUAACGGAGGGAAUAGGAGAAAGAAAGAAAGAAUGGACACGGAAAGGAGAUGUAGCAGGUGAAAAUGAACGAGCAGUUGGGGAAAUGAAAGCGGGAAGGGAAGGAGAUGAAGCAGGUGGAAAUGAAGAAGGAUUUGAAGAGCUUGGUAUGCAGUUCUCAUGA